AUGGUUGUUUUACAAAUAAAGGAAGAACGAACUUACGGUCUACGGUUAUCAACUCAGAACAUCAAUGCACAAGGGUGUUUAAUAAAAGAGUACGAAUUCGACCCCGAUGUAUGCACCUAUCUCAAAGAAAUCCACUUCACAAACUCUUACUGCAAACGUGUUUCAGCCCAACUUUGUUAUCAGGAAACAGUAAGUAGUAUGUAA